AUGUUACCUUUAUCUAUCUAUAUUAUUUACGGAAUUUUAAUUGGUUAUUUUGCUUUAACAACAGAUGGUUUUACUUAUGAACCAACAUCAAUUUAUUGUGUUAAAAAAUGUUUGCCAAUUAUUGCUUUAGCUGGUAUGGUAUUUAGUGGAAUGACAAAAAUUAAAAAAAAAUAUAAAUAUACUCAUAUCUGGGGAAUAUUAUUUGGAGCACUUGGUGAUUUUUUAAUAUCAUUUUUUCAUAAUGAUUUACAUUCAAUUGUUAUCGGUGCCGUAGCCUUUGGAAUUGGUCAUUUUUUCUAUUUGAGAACAUUUCUUUUAAAAUCAAAGCAUUUUCAUAAAGGAUUAUCAUUGAUAACAUUUCUUGGGAUAAGUGGAAUAAUAAGUAUUAUUAUAUUACCUAGUUUUGAAGAUGAACCAAUCUCAACAAUAAUAAUUGGUGUAUAUGCACUUAUUUUAGCUAUAUGUUUUGUUGGCUCAGGAUCACAAUAUUUUGAAGGUAAUAUACAAUAUCAAGGUGGAAAAAAAUUCCAAUUAUUACGUUUUAUUGGUUAUACAUUAUUUUUGGCAUCAGAUUUUUGUCUUCUUCUCGCAAAUAAAGGUUAUUAUUAUUCAUUUUCUGAAGCUUUUAUUAUGGUAACAUAUUAUGGUGCACAACUUUUUAUUACCAGUGCAUUACACAAUGAAGAAAUAUUGAAAGAUAGAAAAUAA